ACAAUGUUCAAAAGGACUAAGCAAUAAACUUCUUCCUGUAUGUCUGAACAGUAUAUUUAUUAGAAAGUCAACCUCUCUUUGUAUGCCUGAACUUCUUCCUGUUUCCUUGCUAUUUCCAUCCCCCCUUUCAGCAGAACAAACCAACUCUUGCCCCCAAAUUUCGGUUAAAAGGUCAAUGAAACUUCCAAGAAUGUUCAUUGACUAAUUAUUUUGGCUUUAUUUUAAUUAUAAAUUAUAAAUAUGCAAUGCAAUGGUUCCCUCUUCUCCGUAAGCAUUUGUGUCUGUUUUGUUGCCGUCUGAAUGUAACAGUUGACCUUCAAAUUGAGUAAUGGCACUAUCACCAAGUACUUCUUAUUUUGAUGCAGCCCAGAAAGCAAUAAACACACUUGGGUUGGGUUUUGAUUUAACACAGGAUAUCAACUUUGACAACUGUAAGAUUGGUUCACGGUUGAUCCUCAUCAAUGAAGAACAGUGCCGUCAGUUGGAGAUUCCAGGAGGGGUUUCAAUUCCAGAUGUUUCAAAUUCUAUCAGAUGUAUUGGAGGAGAAUCUAUUAGAAUCGAUUCAGGUGUUCUCACCUUGCAACAGAUGUUGGAACACUUCAAUCUUGAAAUGCACCUGAACACCAAAACUGCAACGGGUCACUUUUGUGCUUCAUUUAGGUUACAUUCUCAAGGUACAAAAGAAUUGGCUUCGAUCAAGCAUCUUGCUUAUGAUGGCUGGUUCAUAAAACAAUAUACCAUUGAAUUAGAAAGGGAUCUUUAUGAACUCCAUGAUCAUGUCAAGGAAGCUGUGCCAUCAUCAUGGGACCCUGAGGCCUUGGCAAGGUUCAUUGAACGUUUUGGAACUCAUGUCAUAGUCGGGGUGAGCAUGGGAGGAAAAGAUGUGCUAUAUGUUAGACAAGAUAAAUCAGAUCUCCAUGAUCCAGCUAGUAUUCAAAAACUUUUGACAGAAACAGCUAGCAUGAAGUUCAUGGAUUCUGCAAAUAAUCAUUGCUUGGCUUCUCAAGGCUUAGAUAACAUAAAAAAGAAUCUUUUUGAGAUGCACAUUAGGAGGGGUGGAAGCAGUCAAAUGGUGAACCAUAGUGAAUGGUUGGAUACUAUUGACGCAGAACCUGACAUCAUAUCAAUGCAUCUUCUCCCUUUGACAAGCCUUUUGGGAGGUAUCUCUGGAAGUGGAUAUUUGACCCAUGCUAUGAAUCUCUAUCUUCGAUACAAACCUUCAAUUGAAGACCUCCAUAAAUUUUUAGAGUUUCAGCUACCAAGACAAUGGGCCCCUGUACUUGGCGAGACACAUUUUGAUUCUUACUGGAAGCAUAAAGUGAAAACCUGGCUACGAUUUAGUAUCAUGGGUCCUAAGCUUUACAUAAAUACAAUUCCAGUAGAUGUAGGUAAUAGACCAGUUACUGGCCUUAGAUUACAAUUGGAAGGGAGCAGAAGCAACCGGUUGGCCAUUCAUCUGCAGCAUCUGGCUUCCCUUCCCAAGUCCUUACCACUUGCAGACGCAAAUGCUUAUUUAUCUUGUAACUCUUACAGCUGUAACUUCCAUAAGAAAGUGAAAUGGAACUGCUUUUUAUAUGUCUGUACUGCUCCUGUUGAAUCGGAUGAUAGUCUUUCCAUUGUCACAGGAGCUCAGUUACAACUUGAAAAGAAGUGUCUCCUUUUACGGCUGCGUUUUUCCAAAGUUAUUGGUGCUACCCUGCAGAAGCCAUCUGAGUGGGAUCAGCCCUCCAAUCUUGGCCAGCCCAGGAGCAAGCGUUGGGGCAUCACUUCUUUUAUUCCCAAAGUGGGACAUAGGAAUCAUCCAAAGCCUGGUGAUGUGUUCAUUAGUUCUAUUCCACGUAAUGUAAACCUCCCAGUACCAAUAAAUGCACCUAAGCUACAAAGGUAUGUGGACUUAAAAGAAAUUAUCAGAGGACCACAAGACACUCCAGGGUAUUGGGCUGUGUCCGGAGCAAGGCUUUCUGUACACAACGGGAAAAUAUGUCUCCUUGCUAAGUAUUCGCUAUUGAGCUUUUGUUAUACAGUUUGAGAUAAAAGCUUCCUAAAAGUGCUUUAAUGCUCAAUUGACCUCUUGAAGUCUGUUGCAUGCUUCACUGCCUGCAAAGUUAGCUUGAUUUGGUGAUGCUUUGUGCCAAAAGCUGCAUAGUUUUUUAUUGACACUAUAACAUGUGUAUCACCGAGUGUUUGACAGUAGUGAUUUGUAUAAAAUUUGAGUUUGUAAAGUCGAUUUGAUUAAAAUUGAGUUUGAGUGAAUGAUUUAUAUUUAAAUAUCUUAUCCUUAUUUGUGCCCAUAAA